AUGUCAUGGCGUCCUCAGUACCGCAGCUCCAAGUUCCGGCACGUGUACGGCAAAGCGGCGACCAAGGAGAGCUGCUACGACGGCGUGCCCAUCACCCGCAGCGUCCAGGACAACAACUUCUGCGCUGUCAACCCUCGAUUCCUCGCCGUCAUCACCGAGUGUGCGGGGGGCGGGGCUUUCCUGGUCAUCUCGCUCCAUCACACGGGUAAAGUGGACCCUCACCACCCGCGAGUGUCGGGCCACCGUGGCAACGUUCUGGACGUGAAAUGGAACCCCUUCAAUGACUACUGCAUCGCUUCCUGCUCCGAGGACUCCACGGUGAAAGUGUGGGAGAUCCCUCCUCACGGCCUCUUCAAGAACAUGACGGUGCCCUGGAAGGAGCUGCAGGGCCACAGUCGGCGGGUGGGCCUCAUCGAGUGGCAUCCCACCGCCAACAACAUUCUCUUCAGCACAGCGUACGAUUACAAGGUGAUGAUCUGGAACCUGGACUGCCCGGAGCAGGUGAUCAAGAAUCCCGUGCGGACCAUCGGCCACCACGCCGACGUGGUGCUGUCCAUGUCCUUCAACGCCGACGCCAGCCUCAUGGCCACCACCUGCAAGGACAGGAAGGUGCGACUCAUGGAGCCGCGUUCGGGGACGCUGCUGCAGGAAGCCAGCUGUAAGACGCACAAGUCCAGUAAGGUCGUGAUUCUGGACAACGUCAACAAGCUGCUCACUUCGGGAACGUCCAGAUGGAACGAUAGACAGGUCGCGCUUUGGGAUCUGGACGACUUGUCAGUGCCUUUGUUAGAGGAAAACCUGGACGGUUCGUCAGGGUUCCUCUUCCCGUUCUACGACCCCGACACGCACAUGCUGUACCUUGCCGGGAAGGGCGACGGGAACAUCAGAUACUACGAAAUCAGCUCGGAAAAGCCAUACAUCCACUUCCUGACGGAGUACCGAUCCAAUUUACCUCAGAAAGGGAUGGGUGUGAUGCCAAAGCGAGGCCUGGACGUGAGUUUGUGCGAAGUGUUUCGUUUCUACAAACUGGUGACCGUCAAGUCCCUCAUAGAGCCCCUGUCCAUGAUCGUGCCUCGCCGGUCAGAGUCUUACCAGGAGGACAUCUACCCCAUGACGCCCGGCAACAAGGCCGCCUUGACGGCCGACGAGUGGCUGAGCGGCAUCGACAAAGGCCCGGUUCUAAUGUCGCUGCGACCCGGGCAUCCGACCGACGAAACACACGGCGAGACCGACAAAGGCCCGGGCAGGCCCCACGCGCGAACGUACGCUAUUCACGAGCGUUCGUCCGCCGCUGACGGCGAGCCGGACGAGAACGGCGGGACGUCGCUCAGCAACGGGCGACGCGACUUCUCCCUCUGUUCGCCACCUAAGACGGAAAAUGAGCUUCGCAUCAAGUUCCACAAGCAGCAGGACGAGAUCCGGCGGCUGCUGGAGCUUCUGCAGCAGCGUGAUGUGCACAUCAAGCAACUGGAGCUUCAGAUCAACAAUAUGAAAAACACGCAGCGCAAUUCUUCGCUUUAG